ACUGUAAGCCAGACUUAUGCCAGGAAAGCGGAAAUUGAAUUAUAAGGCUCCAUGUUUAUCUGAAACAGCAAUUGCAUUUUCAAACUUUGCCCUGGAAAGUAAUGGCAAGCAGUGCUGCAGAAGAUGGCAUUGUCCCUCAUGUUCUUUCUGUUGAGAAACUUCAAACUGAGAUCAAAUCAAGUGGAGAUGAAGAAUUUGAUGAUAACCCGAUCGAAGAAGUCAGGCUGACAGUUCCUAUAACUGAUGAUCCUACACAGCCUGUUUUAACUUUCAGAACAUGGGUUUUAGGGAUAGCAUCAUGUUGCAUUCUUGCCUUCUUGAAUCGAUUUUUCGGGUUUCGCCAGAAUCAGUUGUCUGUUGGUUCAGUUUCAGCACAAAUCAUUGUUCUCCCUAUAGGAAAACUGAUGGCUGCAACUCUUCCGAGAACGCCUAUUCGGAUCCCGCUUACACCCUGGUCAUUCUCCUUGAAUCCGGGGCCUUUCACCUUGAAAGAACAUGUGUUGAUCACUAUAUUUGCUAGCUGUGGAGCCGGUGGAGUUUAUGCAGUCCAUAUUAUUACUAUUGUCAAGGCUUUCUACCACAGACAACUUAAUCCGGUUGCCGCCUUGUUGCUGGCGCAAACCACUCAGUUGCUUGGUUAUGGCUGGGCUGGUUUGUUCAGAAAAUACCUUGUUGAUUCCCCCUACAUGUGGUGGCCUGCAAAUCUGGUUCAAGUCUCUCUUUUCAGGGCAUUACAUGACAAAGAGAAGAGACCAAAAAGGGGACUUACCAGGCUGCAAUUCUUUUUCCUAGUUUUUGCAUCAAGCUUUGCUUAUUAUGUCAUUCCAGGCUAUAUUUUCCCUUCCCUGUCAGCCCUCUCCUUUAUUUGUUGGAUUUGGAAGGAUUCUAUCACUGCUAAUCAGAUUGGUUCCGGCCUCAAUGGCCUCGGCAUUGGCUCAUUUGGCCUUGACUGGUCUACUGUUGCAGGCUUUCUGGGAAGUCCUCUGGCCACACCCUUGUUUGCUAUAAUCAAUAUAUUGGUUGGAUUUGUGUUGGUUCUCUAUGUAGUAGUUCCGAUUUCAUACUGGAUGAAUGCUUACCACGCGAAGCGAUUUCCGAUCUUCUCAUCCAGCACUUUCGAUCAAUUUGGUCAACAUUACAAUAUUACCAGAAUCCUUGACGCGGAAGCCUUCGAUAUUAAUUUAGAAGCCUACAACAGUUAUAGCAAACUAUACCUCUCCCCUUUCUUUGCCAUCAUGUAUGGCAUCAGCUUUGCAACCUUAACUGCUACUAUCUCACAUGUUGCUCUCUUUGAUGGGUGGGACAUUUGGCGAAUGUGGAAAAUGACACAAGGUGCAGUACGUGAUAAGUUCAGCGACGUCCACACAAGAAUGAUGAAGAAGAACUAUGCAGUAGUUCCCCAGUGGUGGUUCCACACCAUUUUGAUUUUAACAGUAGCUCUUGCCAUAUAUGCCUGUGAAGGUUUUGAUAAACAGCUUCAACUUCCAUGGUGGGGACUUUUACUAUCUUGUGCCAUUGCACUGUUUUUCACCUUACCUAUUGGGAUCAUUCAAGCCACUACAAACCAGCAACCAGGGCUGAAUGUGAUUACAGAGUUGAUUAUUGGAUUCAUGUAUCCAGGGAAGCCUCUUGCAAAUGUAGCUUUUAAAACCUAUGGCUAUAUCAGUAUGGCACAAGCCCUUAGUUUUGUUUCGGACUUCAAAUUAGGCCACUACAUGAAAAUCCCUCCAAGGUCCAUGUUCAUUGUUCAGCUUGCUGGAACAAUAGUUGCCUCAACUGUCUACUUUGCCACAGCCUGGUGGCUUCUGUUGGAAGUUAAAAACAUCUGUGACACAUCUUUGCUGCCAGAAUCGAGUCCCUGGACGUGUCCUGGAGACGAUGUUUUCUACAGUGCUUCAAUCAUCUGGGGUGUUGUCGGCCCUAGAAGAAUGUUCACAAAAUUAGGAGUAUACCCUGAGAUGAAUUGGUUCUUCCUGAUUGGACUUUUAGCUCCAGUGCCUGUCUGGUACUUUUCCAGGAAGUUUCCUGAAAAGAAAUGGAUCAAGCUGAUUAACUUUCCGAUCAUUUUUGGAGGCACUGGAUACAUGCCACCGGCUAGAGCUGUACAUUAUCUGAGCUGGGGAGUGGUCGGAAUCUUCUUCAACUAUUAUCUCUUCAGGAAGCACAAGGGUUGGUGGGCUCGGCACACUUAUAUUUUAUCUGGAGCUAUGGAUGCUGGAGUUGCUUUCAUGGGAGUUUUCCUGUAUUUCGCGAUUCAAAAUUCUGGAAAAUCAGGUCCAGACUGGUGGGGAGCGUCUGCCAACGACCAUUGUGAGUUGGCAAGGUGCCCGACAGCACCAGGAAUCGAAGUGAAAGGAUGCCCUCUGCUUAGUUGAAUAUGUGAAUCUGUGAAGUAUUACCUUUAUUGUAGGUGUGUUACAUAUUAAUAAAUCGCUGAACUAUGCUGUAGAAACUGUUGGUUUGAAAUAUUAUUAUAUUAGGCCUUCUGUACAA